AUGCAGCAAUUAAACCACCUAGACAGCUGCUGCAGCCACAGCAAAACAGACAGCAGCAGCAGCAGCAGCAGCAGCAGAAGCAGCAGCAACACCACCAGCAGCAGCACCAGCAGCAGCAGCACCAGCAGCAGCAACAACAGCAGCAGCACCGCCACCAACACCACCCCCCCCAGCAGCAGCAGCAACAGCAGCAGCAACAGCACCAGCAGCAACAGCACCAGCAGCAGCAGCAGCAGCAGCAGCAACAGGUUAGCUUGCGGCUGCCUUAUCUCCUCUUGCGUGUCUUCUCUUUCGCGCUCUCACCCUCUCUUUUCUGUAGGAGACAGAAUCAGAACAACAGACGGCAGCGCGGGAGUAAUUAAAUACAUCGGCCUCUUACAACAAACACAACAAACAAACAAACACUUAAUAACCACCUCAGCAGGGCCCCCAGAGGGGCCCCCAGAAGAAGAGGAAGAUGGGGGGCCCCCAAGUGUUUCUUCUAAAGAAGAAAUUAACAGGGGCCCCCUGGGGGGCCCCCAAGAGAAUAGGGGGCCCUUGGGGGCCCCCCAAGGGGAUAGGGGCCCCCUGGGGGCCCCUCAAGAGAAUAGGGGGCCCCUGGGGGCCCCCCUUGGGGCCCCCCUUGGGGGCCCCCUGGGGGCCCCUGUUGAUGAAGAGGGCCGCGUAUGGGUUGGGGUCGUUUGGGAUGAUUCGAAUAGAGGCAAACAUAAUGGAGAAGUGGAUGGGGUGCGAUAUUUUUGCUGCUGCUCAAGCAGCAGCAGCAGCAGCAGCAGCAGCAACAGCAGCAGCAGCAGCAACAGCAGCAGCAGUGGUGGGGCAUCGUUUGUGCGUGUGCAUAAGCUAGAGAAGCCUCUGUCCUUUCGGGAGGCGUUGCUGCUUCGAUAUACUACAAAACUCACUGCCGAGGAAGUGCUUGCAAUGCGGGUAGCUGACUCGAAGACAGCACGAGAAAAACAAAUGGAGUUCAGGGGCUGGAAAGAGGCGCAGCAGCACUUUGAAAAGAUAGGGGAGUUGGAGGCCAUUACUUUGACGCAUUUCCCGGUGAAAUUCGCAGACACCCAAAACCUCUCUCUACCCAAGCUGCUGACUCUGUCUUUAGGGGGGACUCUGCUGCAGCAUUGGAGAGAAGUCUGCUUCAUAAUGAAUUGCUGCCCCAACCUUAAGACCCUCUGCCUUGCUAACACGCGCCUGGAGCCCUUCGAGCUGCUGCUGCAGCAGCAGCAGGCUGCUGCUGCUGCAGCUGCUGCCACAGCAGCAGCAGCAGCAACAGCAACAGCAGAAAGCGCAUGCAGCAGCGAAUGCCGCAUCGCAGCAACCGUCAGAGGCUUCUGGGGUGCUAGUGAUUUGAAAAGGAACCCAGACGCUGCUGCUGCUGCUGCUGCUGCACCUGCUGCUGCUGCUGCUGCUGCUGCUGCUGGCGCGGGCGUCUGCUGCUCUCUGGAGAGUCUUUCGCUGGACAGCACUUUCGUCUCAUGGGCUGAUAUGCUGCUCAUGCUGCAGCAGCAGCAGCAACGACAGCAGCAGCAGCAGCAACAGCAGCAGCAACAACCACAACAGCGGCAGCAAGAACAGCAAGAGCAGCAACAGCAGCAGCAGCAGCAGCAGCAGCAACAGCAGCAGCAGCAGCAGCAACAGCAGCAGCAGCAGCAGCAGUUUAGUUUGUUGGGGUAUUAUGAAAUGCUGACUGGGGCCUCUCGCGAGGCUUUGGGCAGACUCGUGGAUCUCUCUCUUGACGGAAACGAUAUCUAUGAUCAAUGGAGUUGGGGGGGGUUGUCUGUUCUCUUCCCUUCGCUAAAACGCCUCGUCUCUCCUCUUCAGCAGCAGCAGCAGCAACAGCAGCAGCAGCAGCAGCAGCAGCAGCAGCAGCAGGGUGGAGAUGAGAGCAGCUGCCUGCUGCCGCCGAUCCCUGUGAACGCGAGGCGGUCUUUGCUUGUGGCUUUAUUUGCUGAUCUCGUGUCGGUGAACAGCAGCAGUGUGGGGCGAGAAGAAAGAAGCGCAGCAGAAAGAUAUAACAUUGCAAUUCAAAGCAAAGGUCUGCUGCAGCCGCUCGACAGCUUCUUCGCUCUCCUAACAGACAAGGUAUCAACACCUGCAGCAGCAGCAGCAGCAGCAGCAGCAAAUCUAGACAGCAGCAGCAGCAGCAGCAGCAAAUGUAGACGGCAGCAGCAGCAGCAGCAGCAGCAGCUGUUUGUGCUGCUGGCAGCAGGAGGGGGUGAAGCAGCAAGCGGGGCGCUGCGCUGCAGCUUAUUAAAAGUGCUGCUGCAGCCUGCAGCAUCAGCAGCAAAAACAGCCACACCCGUCUCCAAGGCCCUCCCGCGAACCCUCACCAUCGGGUGGCAGCUGCAUAUACACCUGAUUGCGCAGGCUGUUGCUGCUGCUUCUAUUGCUCCUACUGCUGCUCUUCUUACUCGUGCCGCUACUGCUACUGCUGCUGCUGCUGCUGCUGCUGCUGCUGCUGCUGCUGCUGCAGGACUCUCCGGUGUCUGA